UGUAGUAGCACGGUGACAGUUCCGCUGCUGUGUUGCCACAUGCUGUAGUGAGAAGUCGCGGCUGCCGACGUCUCAUCGAUGUUUGAGACAUGGAUACCUGGUGUUUCGUAGUGUUGUCGGGGUUGCUGAGCCUUAUUGUGCGGUGGGCCGUUUCUCUCAGCUCUUAUUCAGGUGCCGGGAAACCACCGAUGUUUGGCGACUAUGAAGCUCAGAGGCACUGGCAGGAGGUUACUUUCAAUCUGCCCAUUCACAAAUGGUAUUUCAAUUCUACUGACAACGACUUACUUUACUGGGGCCUUGACUAUCCACCGCUGACUGCUUAUCAUAGCCUGCUUUGUGCAUAUGUGGCACAUCUGGUAAAUCCAGACUGGGUUGCACUUAAGUCAUCACAUGGAUAUGAAAGUCGAGCACACAAGCUAUUUAUGCGUGCUACAGUUUUGGCUGCAGAUUUCAUCGUUUACAUUCCAGCAGUUUUUAUGUAUGCCUUCUAUUUUUGUGAAGGUUCUUCAAAGAAGAAGGCUUCUUUUGCGCUGAGUGUUUUGUUGUUUCCAGGACUCAUUCUCAUAGACCACGGACAUUUUCAAUAUAACUGUAUAAGUUUAGGGUUUGCUUUAUGGGGUAUUUUUUUCAUAGCCUUACAGUGGGACAUCCUUGGUUCGGUUGCCUUCUGCUUUGCUCUGAACUACAAACAAAUGGAAUUGUACCACUCCCUGCCAUUUUUCUGUUACCUUCUUGGCAAAUGUUUGAGGAAAGGAUUAAAAGGCAAAGGACUGAUCCUGCUAAUAAAAAUUGCAGUGAGUGUCAUAAUGUCAUUUGCUUUGUGUUGGCUGCCUUUUCUUCUGGACACACAGCAGUCACUGCAGGUCCUCCGGCGGCUGUUUCCCGUCGAUCGUGGCCUUUUUGAGGAUAAAGUUGCAAACACAUGGUGCAGUCUUAGUGUGCUGAUCAAAAUGAAGACACUUCUGUUACAGCAGACCCAGGUACAACUCAGUUUUGCUGCAACUCUUCUGGCUGCUUUGCCUUCCUGUACAAAACUGAUAUUCCAGCCCACCAUCAGCGGCUUCAGGCUGUCCUUGGUGAACUGUUCCUUUGCUUUCUUCCUGUUCUCUUUUCAAGUCCAUGAAAAGUCUAUUCUCCUUGCGGCCUUGCCUGUCUGCCUACUGAUACCUGAAGUUCCAUUCAUGGCUACCUGGUGUUUACUGGUGUCAACGUUCAGUAUGCUGCCCCUUCUGCUGAAGGAUGGUCUGCUAUUACCGUACAUCGUCCUGUCCUUGGCUUUUCUGCUGGUCAGCAUCACCGUAUUUGCUGUGUGUGGACUGACGUCCGCGGAUGACCUGAAACUAACACCCCUGGCACAUUUCAUAAGGAAGCGCGCUGCUUGGGUUAAGGUGGAAUCUCUUGCAAAAUCUUUGUUUAUGCUAUCUUUGGUCAGCAUGGCUGUCCUGAGUGCAAUGAGCGCAACACUCAAUCCCCCUUCAAACUUGCCUGACCUGUUUCCUGUGGCCGUGUCUCUCUUCUCUUACCUCCACUUCCUGGCCUUUUUCAUUUACUUCAGUGCGGUUCAUCUCCUGGAAUCUCCAAAUAUAAAAGACCAAAAAAAAGUUAGCUAAACACUAGAGUGCAAUGGAGCCAUUAAAAUGGAUGUUGUUUUAUAUACUGGAUGAACUUUUUUGAUAAAGAGAGAAUAAUAAAUGUGUGAGAAUUAGUAAAGCAUCGUAAAUGGUGUCCUCCUACAAAUAUAAAAAUUACUAGGGAAGUGCCACGAAGCACACAGGUAGGUAAUCCAAUUUUAAUUAAUAUUUGUAUUGUGGAAAAAAACAGCAUAAAGCAGUAAAGUACAUUCAGGCUGACGGGGUGUGCAGGGUACCUCUUUAAUCCUGAGCAGACCGGCACCAACAACUCUUUAACAGUAAAGGACAGUUGUGUCCAGUUUGCUUGUCACUUUCACACACAGCAUUUGGCAGAACUGUCCUCCUGCUUGCCUUCCAUGUAAAAACAUUAGUUUUGUUUAUGGCUUGAUUGCACUUUGUCCUUCAGAUGGCCUCUAAGAGUGAUAAAGUGAGAGUUAUAUGAUCUACCUUGGGCAGAAAUAGGAAAUGUUUGUGCGCACCACCAGCUGUUGUGUAGGUCGAAUGCUGCACCCAACAGGCAAAGUCGACAGCAGUGUAACCUAUGGAGUUUGCUGCAGUACAGGAAAUCUAUAAAAAGUUUCUUGGGUUUCCUAAACCUAGGAAUGUAGUAAAGUUCAAUGAAUAUGAAUACCACCUUGAAGGCUGUUUUUUACUAAUAGAAUAUUUUAAUCUCUGUAGGCCGCAAAUUUA